GUGAAAAUUGCGUCCUAUUGAUUCCUGCUAUUGCCAAAACUUGACUUUCACGAGACUGCACUUUCUCAAAAACGUUUUAGCUUGUUUUAGCCCUGGCAACUAUUCACAGUCUCGUCGGCUUCCACGCGUGCAUGUCGUGUAGAAGAAUUCGUAGACUACACACUCUCUAACGCAAGCCCCACUACCUCUACCUCCACUAGUACCACAACUUCCACUAUCUCACAAUCUUCACUAAAGACAAAUACUUAAUCAAUCAGUAUCUUUACAAAAGCCUUGUUUUUCAAAAAGAUGGGUAAUUCAGGAACCAAAAUCGUUGCUCGCCCGGCCCCUCCGUUUAUUGGAAACGAUGAGGACGCCAUGGUCAAAUAUUUGAGCACUCAAGUCGAGUGGGCGGACAUAGAGGGGCCCAACAUGGUGACCUACGACGUGCAGGCUUGGCGUGCACGUGCCGAGAAGGAUCGCAGCGCGUGCAGUGGUCCGCUCACAGGUUCGAAGGACAUGCCGGCGCCGAUCAUGGACAUCGGCAGCUAUUUCUAUGCCCACUCGAUGUGGAGCACCUUCCGCCGCGGCAGUUUCGACCAAAAUCACGCUUGGCUAGGCAAGCUGGAGGUAGCUCUGAACCUCAUCCGCUGCACUGGAGACUUCGCAACGGAACCAGGGCUGAAUGCGGCGGUCUGCGAAGAAGCGCUGGUCGAGUGCGUUUUGCAUCCCUUUAAACUCGGGAUUAUGUUCGGGACAUGCAAAGAUUUGGACCGGAAAUUUGCGAAGCGGACGCCUACGGCUGAUGAACUCGAAAGCGAGUAUCGUAUUUUGCGCACGAAAAUUGAGGAACUGCAGUUUUUGCUGUUCGAGCUCACGGACGGCGAGUUUUACAAGCUGGUACGUGAUCCCGCCCGCGGCAGACUCCGCAGCGCCAUGCGUGCCGCGGCCCGCGUUUGGGUCGAACGCCAGCAACGGGAGCUGCUCCUCCCAGACCACUUGCGCAAACGGGUGAUUUUCCUCGCCGCAGACAUCAUGCGCAUCGAAGGAGUCCCAGCCUUCGGCGCGCACGCCAACAAACAAGAAAUUACACGCAAAAUAGCUAACGCAAUGCGCGAGCGGAUGUUGGGAUAAAGAGUCGGAGUCCUCUGGGGAUAAAUAAGAGUCUGGCUCGGAAACGAUUACUCAAAGAAUCAGCGAAGAUCUUGACAAAACUGAGAAAAAUAUGGGAAAGAACCGAAAAAGUGGCGGGUGAAGAUUUUCCCAAUGACACACUGGUUGAACGGUGAGUCUUGUAUCUAUUUUCCUGAUGCGUCGCAAACCUCAGGUUUUUGUAUUUUUCCAUCGGUGAACGUGGCCAUGAAAUUGUUGCAUUAUAGAUUGAUUAUGUAUGACGACUCUCCCCCUUGAUAGAAGAGUCAGACUUUCGCAGGAGGUUGUUUUUAUUUAGGUUAUAUUCUUAUUGAUCCUUAUGACCACUACCCUAUUUUAAUGUAUUGCUUCUACAACAUCAUUAGAAGAGCCGACUUCUAAGCUCUGCACGACCCAGCACGCCUGGCAACAAUUAUACACCCGCUUGAAGAUUGAUUUUCGUCUUCUCAUAUAGACUGCUCAUUUUCGUCUUCUCAAUAAGACUGUGACCGCGGUGCCGGUGGAGAAAGAGAACGUCGCUGGCCAUACUUAAGUGCUUAUUGCUAUUGACAUGGAUUUAUUCUUGUUGAUUCGAAGACCCUAGGUUUUCAUGAAACUCCAAGCGUCUUUGGAAUCCAAAAACCUUUCAUAUUUUCUUGUUCUUCAUCGAAAACGAAAAGCCCUGCGUCGCAACCAAACCUAAGAGUAAGCCCUUGCGCUUGAGUCCCGACACUCUGGAGCUGGAGAACACCGGGUGAAACAGGUAAAUGAACGAAUGAAUUCCUCGACAGAGAAGUUCAGCAGGACCGAAUGCGAGUGGUACCCGCGAAGGCUGAGGCAACCGCAAC